AUGGAUGACAAUUCAGACGUCAGCUGGACAUCCGAAGUGGUCUGUGAACUAAUUGAUAGCUUCAAAGAACAUCCUGCGCUAUGGCAUUUUGCCCAUCCACAUUAUAACGACCAGCAAAAGCGCAAGGAGCUUCUGCGUGGCAUAUCAAGGAGACUACAUAGAGUCACCGGUGGAUUUAUUAUUAACGAAGAUGUUUUAUAUGAAAAGUGGCGUGCGCUCAAGGGUCAAUUCGACGAUGAAAUGACGAAAGCAAGGCAGGGAGAAGUGAGCGGUUGGGAGUUUUAUCAACGUAUGCUUUUCCUCUCGCCAGAAGUGCUGUCUGCUUGUAGGUUCGAUGACUUGAAUGGAGGUAUUGUUCCACCGGUGCUUACCACAAGCGUUGCGAAGGCUGUCGAUGCGAACAUUCGUAAAAUACUAGGCUAUGUGCCUAAGUCAUUACAACAAGAGGUGGAAACCGUUCCAAUCAAACGGCCCAAAGUCGCACCAAAAAACUGUACUCCAAAACCCUCUACUCAUUGGGACACUCCUUCUUAUGUGCAGCAGGCGAAAAGUGAGAUCGGUCACAUUCUGAAGAGUGACAUCGACCUUUUAUGUCAGUCCUCUCCUCGCCCUUCCAUGAACGGCUCCAAAUACGGAGAUUUCGUAGCAGAUCAGUCUUUUCGGGUUUGUGAAGACAAAUGGACUUUUAUGGGUCGCAUGAUUGAAGAAGCUGCCCGCGAACUGGAAUCGAAGAAUCCUGAAUUGGCGUUUCGUCUACAGAAAGAGAUCAACGACCUCAUCUUUAAAUAUCAAAUUGAAAGUCUUAAAUAUAGGAAGUAG